AGAAGGUUCCCGUCAAAGAAUAGAUCCCAACAGUUGUGCUGCGGGCAUGGUAAACCAGAAGAAUCUAGUGGAAAUAGCAAACUUCAAAAAUACUGGAUUUUCAUCACCAACAUUUGUGCCAUCUCCAAGUUCUGCUUGGAGAAUACACCCAGCCUUCAAUCGGAUGUGAAAGAUUUUGUGCAACAUAUGGAACUUGGUGAUGCACUGCUCACAUUUAUUCGAGAAGGGCCGCAUCCCAGCCUACAGAAUAGCCUACCUUCACCUUGGAACAAAACAAAUUCAAAAAGGCCUAAAACUGGGCCUAAUCUGGUCAAACAGGAGCCCGAAUCAUCCGGUUUUGGUAUCCCAAUUGGGCAACAGCAAUCAGUGACCACGGCAUAUCUAGAGGGUACUGAAGGACAGUCACCUCACCUAGAAAAUCCAGUGCAAGCUGUCCAACGUCCAGUGCUGGCAGAUAGCGCCCCUAUUCACCAGCAGUUUAACCAGCAACCUCCGCAGGAGCACAGUCUAAACGAGCGGUUUUCUCCAACCCAAGGCACUGCUGGGCCCGACUUCACAUCACUUAGGCAGCAACCGCCACCGGGGUUGAAUACAGCAUCAGCACUAGCUUUAGCCACUGGGAGACAGAAUUCCCUCCCAACCACGCAAUUCCCGUUCGCAGUGCAACCGGGGCAAGUGUCCCAACGUGCCUCCAACACUGUUAAUCAGGGCAGCAGCAACCCUGUUCAACUGCUUCCAACUUCAUCAGCAGUACAGCAAUAUCCACAGGGUAGCCAUCCUGUUAUGAAGCCAGGGACACGACCUUUAAUGGCACAGCCAUUACAGAUGCCGAAUGCCCAACAGUUCUACGCCACUCCGUUGAACGUCGCCUCAAAGCAAUCACAGACACCUGGCGCUCAUCCCGUACCCGCACAUGUACAUGCCGGUCAACCGACUGGUCCAGGAUGGGCGAGGCAGUCACAAGUACCACCAACUAUGCAAUCACACCAGGGCCCUGUUCUCCCGAGCAGCAGUGCCCAGCCGACCAUAUUUUCCCCUGGCUCCCAGUGGGCCACAGUUCCACCCGGUUUCACACAAAUCUCAAGUCAAGUUACGGCGCCAGCGCAACAGGAGAGCAAUACACUUCCUACACAGGCUUUGUCCCAACCACAUGGACAACCUGGGACGGACAUGUUCACUCAACUAGAGUGUCACUCGGGGCGGGGUGGGGUGGGUUUUGGCAGACAAUGCCCCGCCCCGGCGGGGUUUGCGGCGGGUUCGCGGCAGGGUCAUGGGGCUGCCAGUGACACUCUACUGCCAAUUGGACCAUCGAUGUUAUGGGGUUCUCGUACGAACCCAAUGGAUGAAAGUCUGGUUAGGGCCAGCACAGAACGCAGCCAACAAGGGGUCUGAAGCAACUAUUAACAACCUUUGUACGACCACCUAACAUACGAAGACUAUCAUUGAUCCCUUGGUCAACUCCUGACUUCCGCGAGGGAUUGCUGAUAACACUACUUGGAACUUCACUUCUGUACGACCAUAAAAGACUACUUCCACCUCUGCUCUGUUUGUUUCUUCAUCGAUUCUUUUUGUACAAUAGAGGUUAGCUUUAGGUUAAGACAACUUAAGCUCAAACCCCUAACAGCCUGUACCUGACAAUGAUGAACCCUGUCCUCCUGCCAAACAGCAACAGCAUUUCUCAGAGGACGAGACUGAGAUUACCCUACACCAAGCAAUGGAAUAUGUACAGGUCAAGUCUCCAGAAGAGCAACUUGGUGUAGUGGGGGAA